UAAGGUGACUGUUUCACGUGUUGAAUCACAGACAGAUAAACGGGUGUUUAAUCUGCGCGCAGCCCUCGUGCAGAUUAGAUGCGCGCUUCCAUCAGAGCUCCGGCACCAGAUUUAAUCAUAUCCUCGGUGUACCAGAGAGCAAAGACGUUGUCGAGGUCGGCUGCUGCCAGAUUUGAAGAUAAUCUUCAAACAGAUCCAUGUUUGCGGAUCAGAGACUCGACUGUGCCCUCAACUGAGAGCGCGCACGGACGGGGGAACGCUUGCACCGGGGGUCUGUCCUACGCGUCCGGUGCCUCUCACCCAUCGCUAUGUCCUGAAAUCACCAGGGAAGUGAUGUGCAUUCACGGCGACUUAUUUGGGAAAGUGUUGCCCAGUUAGCACCUAUGGAUGUGAGGAUUGGGAUCUUUGACUCGUGAGUGGAAAGAUGCUGGUCGGAUGGAAAUUAUUCCUCUUUGGAUACAACAUUGGCAAAUGAAAAGAAGACGGCUAUGCAUGCUGAAUCUUGCUCCUGCGGGUGCACCAUGGCGAAGAGGAGAGCUGUGCGCUUUAUACUGCUGUGUCUGAUGGCAGAGUUGAGUCUGAGCGCGCAGCAGGUCUUGAGAAUUGGUGGGAUUUUUGAGACUCUCGAGAACGAGCCAAUCAGUGUGGAGGAACUUGCCUUCAAAUUCGCAGUAACCAACAUUAACAGAAACAGAACGUUAAUGCCCAACACCACUCUAACCUACGAUAUACAGAGAAUCAACCUGUUCGACAGCUUCGAGGCCUCCAGAAGAGCCUGUGAUCAGUUGGCUCUGGGUGUGGCCGCAGUUUUUGGCCCGUCUCACAGUUCUUCAGUGAGUGCCGUCCAGUCAAUCUGUAACGCUCUGGAGGUCCCUCACAUACAGACUCGCUGGAAACAUCCAUCUGUGGACAACAAAGACAGCUUCUACAUCAACCUGUACCCAGAUUAUGCUUCUAUCAGUCGAGCUGUGCUUGAUAUAGUGCAGUUCUACAAGUGGAAAGCCGUGACUGUGGUCUACGAAGAUGCAACAGGGCUAAUUCGUCUACAAGAAUUGAUCAAAGCUCCGUCACGAUACAGUAUCAAGAUUAAAAUCCGACAGUUACCGACAGGAAGUAAGGAUGCCCGGCCGCUCCUUAAAGAGAUGAAGAAGGGAAAAGAGUUCUGCGUCAUCUUUGACUGUUCAUACCAGAGUGCAGCAGACGUCCUGAAACAGCUGUUGUCAAUGGGAAUGAUGACAGAAUACUAUCAUUUCUUCUUCACCACUCUUGACCUGUUUGCGCUGGACUUGGAGCCAUACAGAUACAGUGGGGUGAACAUGACGGGCUUCCGUCUGCUCAGUAUCGAUAACCCUCAGGUGGCGUCAGUGGUGGAAAAAUGGUCUAUGGAGCGAAUGCAGGCUCCACCCAAACCUGAAACUGGGCUGCAGGACCGCAUGAUGACAACUGAAGCAGCGUUAAUGUAUGAUGCAGUUCAUAUGGUUGCCGCGGCGUCUCAGCGGGCGUCUCAGAUCACCGUGAGCUCACUCCAGUGUCACCGACACAAACCCUGGCGCUUCGGCUCACGAUUCAUCAGCAUGUUCAAAGAGGCUCAGUGGAAUGGACUGACUGGACAGAUAAUCAUAAACAAGACAGACGGUCUGAGAAAAGACUUCGAUCUGGAUAUCAUCAGUCUGAAAGAGGAUGGAAUGGAAAAGAUUGGAGUGUGGAACUCAAACAAUGGCCUUAACUUGACCGACAGCAACAAAGAGAAAAACACCAAUGUGACCGACUCCAUGGCCAACCGGACGCUAAUUGUUACGACAAUCCUGGAAAACCCAUAUGUGAUGUACAAGAAGUCGGAUAAGCCGCUGUAUGGGAAUGAUCGGUUUGAAGGAUACUGUCUGGACCUACUGAAGGAGUUGUCCAACAUCUUGGGCUUUUCCUAUGAGGUCAAACUGGUGUCUGAUGGGAAAUACGGAGCUCAGAAUGACAAAGGAGAGUGGAAUGGCAUGGUCCGAGAGCUGAAAGAUCAUGUGGCAGAUUUGGCCGUGGCGCCCCUCACUAUCACUUACGUGAGAGAGAAAGUAAUCGAUUUCUCAAAGCCAUUCAUGACUCUGGGAAUCUCGAUUCUCUACCACAAACCCAAUGGCACCAACCCAGGCGUGUUCUCCUUUCUCAACCCUCUCUCUCCAGACAUCUGGAUGUACGUGCUCCUCGCCUGCCUCGGAGUCAGCUGUGUCCUUUUUGUCAUUGCCAGGUUUACACCAUAUGAAUGGUACAACCCUCAUCCCUGCAACCCUGAUUCUGAUGUUGUAGAGAACAACUUCACAUUAAUCAACAGUGUUUGGUUUGGGGUCGGAGCCCUUAUGCAGCAAGGAUCAGAGUUGAUGCCCAAGGCUUUGUCCACCAGGAUCGUUGGAGGUAUCUGGUGGUUCUUCACCCUCAUCAUCAUCUCGUCCUACACAGCUAACCUGGCCGCCUUCCUCACUGUGGAGCGAAUGGACUCCCCUAUAGACUCAGCCGAUGAUCUGGCCAAACAGACUAAAAUAGAGUAUGGCGCCGUAAGGGACGGAUCCACCAUGACUUUCUUUAAGAAAUCAAAGAUCUCUACCUAUGAGAAGAUGUGGGCAUUCAUGAGCAGUAGGAAGAACACAGCGCUGGUAAAGAACAACAGAGAAGGUAUUCAGCGUGUGUUGACCACAGACUACGCCUUACUGAUGGAGUCAACCAGCAUUGAAUACAUCAGUCAGAGAAACUGUAACCUCACACAGAUCGGUGGACUCAUCGACUCGAAGGGUUACGGAGUCGGCACCCCCAUCGGUUCUCCAUAUCGAGACAAGAUCACCAUCGCCAUCCUGCAGUUACAGGAGGAAGGGAAGCUGCACAUGAUGAAGGAGAAAUGGUGGAGAGGGAACGGCUGUCCGGAGGAGGACAGUAAAGAGGCCAGCGCUCUCGGUGUGGAGAACAUCGGAGGAAUCUUCAUCGUACUGGCGGCCGGACUCGUCCUCUCCGUGUUUGUGGCCAUCGGGGAGUUUAUCUAUAAGUCCAGGAAGAAUCUGGACAUUGAGGAGGUGAGCGUGGGACAUUGUGAAUGGCAUAACAAGUACUGACAGAGGAAGAACGGAUGUAGGACAUUACAGAACUUCUUUUGCCCGUGAGGUGGUUAUUAUAAACGGAUGACUUGAGAGUUUUUGCUUUUUACUUUUGCUCAUCGAUCCACCAAAACUCAGGCAAAUGCUGACUGAACAUUAGUUUUGGUGUGGCUGUGCUUUAUGUGAGGGACAAUGUUGGACAUUGAGCAGAAAUGUCAAAACUUUGUCAAGAUUGCUUUUUUACAUUUUACAUUUUUAUUGUGAUUUCUGAUGCAAACGAGGAGUUGAAAGGUACCUGUAUGUAUGUUUGUUUGUUUUCUUGUCAGUGAAAUAUAUAAUAUAUUUCUGUAAGUUCUAUAAGAAAGAAAGGAUGUUUGAAACCAUGUUGGGUGAGUUGUAGUACAACUGUUACUAUAUAGUAAAGUAGUUCACAUCCAUGUAGUUUGUAUUAAGAUUUAAAAGACUUGAAAUUUUUUUACAGACAUCUUUCUUCCUAUUGGAAAAGUUCAGAUUCGAUAAAAGUUAAGCUCAAUCGACGGCAUUUGUGGCUUAAUGUUGAUGACCACAAAACAUUAUUUCGAUAUGCCCCUCCUUUUCUUUAAAAAGAAAAAGAUAAGCAAAAAUAUGUGUUCCAGUGAGGCACUUACAAUGGAAGUGAAUGGGGGGCCAAUUUGUUAACAUUAAAAAUGUAAAGUUUCAAAAGUAUAGCCACAAUAUGCACGUAAACAUGAUUUUAGCAUGAUAACAUCGCUCAGCUUUUCUGUGUAAAAUUAUAUCCAAUGCUACAACUUCGUUGCCAUGACGACAUACCUCUGUGAACCCUGUAAUCCCAGUAAAUUACGAUUUUAACAACUUAAUAGCUCAAAUAAUACACAAGUUGUAACUGAAGAAAUAAUGAAAGUGCUUUUAGAAAAUUAUAGGCUUCACAUUUCUGUCUUUAAACCCUGCAAAAAUUGGCCCCAUUCACUUCCAUUGUAAGUGCCUCACGGUAAACUUGAUUUUUGCUUUAUUUUUAAAGAAAAGGAGAGACGAGUCUAAUGACUUUUUAUGGUAAUCAACAUUAUGUCUCAAAUGCUCUCAAUUGAGCUUAUCUUGUAUCAAAUGCAGAAUAUUUCUUUAAUUUAUGAUAAGAUGUGUCUGAGGGUUUUCUUAAAGGUGCAGUGUGUCAUUUUUUUACAAUGUUAAUGUUUUAAAACAUUUUAUUUUAUCUAAAGACUUAAGACUGUUUGUAACGUUUGUCUUAAAGCAGUGUGUUACAUGAACCCUCCUUUUAUUUCAAUAUUCAUUAAGUAGCGAGAACAAACAAAUGUUAUAAUGCAGUUUAAAGUGCAGUGCAGCAUAGUCUCAUGACAGCUCGUAAUGAUCUGUACAAGAUGACCGAAUCAGAAUUACAAGUUGAUUUAAUACAAGCAUCAAAUUUAGCAAGCCUCCUACCAACAUUUUAAGAAAGGAAAGUGUGUGAACAAAUUUGAUGACUCGUUUCAGAUUUAUUCAUGCAAUGCAAACAAUUGAUAUAUGUCAAUAACCUGUAACACGGUUCCCUCAUCUUGUUCCAAACACCAAAGUUUUCUUUCUUCUGUGGUAUACUAAGGUUAUUUUCCUAUUAAAAUCAUGGUUGGGUUUAGGCUAUAGUUUAGGGGUUAAGGCUUAGGCAUACAUAGUUUUUCUUCGUUCUGGAUCGGAUUGUGCCUAGUCGACAGCCUUCAAAGUAUACACUUUUGACCCCGAGCGAAUACCAACGCGCUCUACGCUUGCCCGCUACGACUGCUUUGUGAGACUCUUUUAGUACAGUCAAAAACAGGCACAUGCACCGGCAAUGCGCACAGACGAGUAUUGGACGACACAUGGACAGUCCACGCAGACCAUGUGCUGAUGACGAAAUUUGCAUCAGGCAUACUGUGCACAGAGCGAUCAGCAAAGUCAAACUUUGGCAUUUAGACUAAUGAACAUCUUUACAUGGUUCAUUUGCUCAUGCAUUCUUCUCUCCAUCUGGUACUACUAUUAUGACUUGUCAUGAGAUGGGGUUGCGCAGUUACCUUCAGCAUGACCCGUCCAAACCAGGCAUAAUGCGACAAGAAGUGGUUGUGCCUGGUUAUGACAGUGUUAUGGCUUUGUUUUGCUGCAAAAUGUCCAAAUCUGAGAGCAUUUUAAAUGCAAUCACCCACUGGUGCAAGAUUUUGUCUUUGUUUUGCAUUGGGAUAACUUUUACUGUUUGACACUUCUGAAAUGCAGAAACGCAUAUUUGUCACGUUAAAAUAAUAUCUUUGUGACAAACAUGUGAGAACAGUAUAUGCGCAUUUCCUUUUUUAUGACUUAUUUGCCUAUGUAUGGUCUAAUCAGGGCUUUAAUCUGUUUGCAGACGAAGUUUCUUUCACAAACGGACAUUCAGUUUUUCAGACUCGCAGCUACAGCAGUGGCUCAUCUCACCUGUGAAACUAACAUGGACUGUGAAUCCAAAUAUUUUGUUAUUGAUCCACAUUGGUGAUGGACUUCUGCAUAGAAGCUGUGACCAAAUAACUGAUUUCUAUCAAUAAAUUCAAGUGAUUGAAACUACAGAAAUGUUAAAGCAUUACUUCAUACACCGCUAUGUGACCACUGGACUGAAGUCGACAUGUCAAGCACCUCCACUCAGGUUUGAUAAAGUGCUCCUCCUUGAAACCUCUGACAUCUGAAACGCAUGUGCUCUUGUUUUGUCAGUUUUCCAGUUCUCACAAUUUACAUAUAACUAUGAGUGCUGGCUUCAAGGCUCAGCCCAUCAAAAGCGUCUACAAAUGCAUAAGAGACCUGUGGAAUGAUUACAUGCAAAUCAGUCUUGGCAAGCUACAUUGGAAGAACAAACUCAGAAGGAAAGGAGGAUGUAGAAUGCACCUUUUGUGAGCUUUGACAUGAGAUGCGAGCUUCCUUUUGCACAAUUGCCUGUCCCAGCACAUUUGGUGCCAGCGAGAGAACUACUAGCAUUAUAACACAACAGUUACAGCAUUAUAAUCAUCACACCGGUAAUGUUUUGCAGGACUAGUGAUACUUUGAAAUAAUAAAGUCUGUUAACACUUGUUUGCUCCAUGUGUUUUUUUUUUUUUACUUUAUAAAAAAUGAUGCACGACGCAAGCUUACAAUGGGAAGCUCUUGAGGGAAAACAUUACGAUAAAUGUUCUUUGUCUACCACCAUUGUGCUGCUGUGACUUCUUGGACUUCAAAUGGGUUCUUGCAUUCUCGAUAUUCGGCCUGAUCAAGAAAAUAUCUCUGUAAUUUUAUGCAUUUUCGGUACUUCGUUCUUGAGUGUUGGAAUUGAACUUUGUCAUCGAAGAGUCCACGAGAACGUAAAAAUGCACACGAAUCCUUAUUUUUUCUCUCACUGUUUCCUGCCCUUUUUAAAUUGUUAAUUUUACAUAUUUGACAGACAGCGAUCCCUAAGCAAAAGUG